UCAUGAAAACUACAAAUCCCAGCAUGCAUUUCUUUACAGCUUCCGGCUGGCGUUCUGUAGCAUCAUGGCAGCCUUCGGUAAAAUAGGCGCAUUCCUUAAAAAUGCCUGGGCGAAAGAGCCAGUUAUCACUGUUUCAGCAGCCAUUGGAAUUUUGGCUGUGGCCAUUCCGCUUGUAAGUCCCUACACAAAGUAUACUGCAUUGUUGAAUCAAUCCACGCCCUACAAUUAUCCAGUUCCAGUUCGAGAUGAUGGAAACAUGCCAGAUGUCCCCAGUCAUCCUGCUGAUAAGCUUGGGCCUAACCUUGAUUGGUUUAAGAACAUGUAAAUGAAAGGAAAAGAAAUCUGAAAAGAAUCCGUUGUUCUGUUCACACCAUUAUGUAUCCUGUAUAAAUAUGAAUAAAAACACUUACAAAAAAGUAA